CAGGAAUCAACGACGCUUGACGAAGAUGGUUAUCCUAUUUAUAGGAGAAGAGCCAAUGGAAGGAAAAUUGAAAAAUCUGAUACUAUCUUUGACAAUCGUCAUGUUGUGCCUUAUAAUCCAAAAUUGUUGUUAAAGUACCAAGCGCAUAUCAACAUGGAAUGGUGUAAUCAAAGCACUUCGAUCAAAUACUUAUUCAAGUAUAUCAACAAAGGAUAUGACCGGAUUACAGCCGUUAUUGUCCCAACACACGAUGAUGUGUCGCCCCAAAAUGAGAAUAUUGACGAGAUCAAGCAAUAUCUUGAUUGCAGGUAUGUCUCACCAUGUGAGGCCUGUUGGAGGAUUUUUUCUUUUCCUAUUCAUGGUAGAUCUCCAGCCGUCGAAAGACUUUUUUUUCACCUACCCAAUGAGCAAUCCGUGUUCUUCAGUGACAACGAUAACCUUGAGUCUGUGCUAACAAGAAAAACUGUUAAAGAAUCAAUGUUUACAUCUUGGAUGCAAGCAAACAAAAUCUAUCCAGAAGGAAAAGACUUAACCUAUGCAAAGUUCGUUUCAAGAUUUGUGUAUGUAGCUAGCAAGAGGUGUUGGAAGCCACGAACGAAGGGUUACACUAUUGGUAGACUCAUCUGGGUACCUCCAACAACAGGUGAACUAUUCUAUUUAAGAAUGAUGCUCACUGUAACAAAAGGGCCACAUUGUUAUGAGGAUAUUAGGACGGUUGCCAACAUUCAAUAUCCGACCUUUAGAGAAGCGUGUUUUGCGGCGGGAUUACUUGGGGAUGAUAAAGAAUAUAUUGGAGCAUUAAAAGAAGUUAAGGACUGGGCAUCAGGGCACUACUUGAGAAAAUUGUUUGUAACUCUGCUCUUAUCAUGUCCCGUCAGCAGACCUGAGCAUGUAUGGGAACAAACUUGGCAGUGGUUGGCUGAUGGAAUUUUGUAUGAACAACGAAGGCUCUCGAAAAUCCAAGAUUUACAACUUAGUGAUCAAGAGUUGCAAAAUUUAACUCUUGUGGAGAUCGAGAAGUUGAUGCAGAAAAAGAGAAAAAGUCUAAAAGAUUAUCCCUCAAUACCGUAUCCAAAUGGAUAUAUCACGGAACAACUAGGGAAUAGGCUUAUUUAUGCAGAACGUGAUUAUGAUACAUCCAAGUUGCGUGAGGAGUUCCAAACUUUGUAUGCUUCUCUUACUGGUAAAAUAAAUACAAUUCAUAUGAUUUAUAAGUCAAAUUAAAUGAUUUUGAGAGUCAAGAAAAAAAAUGAUUUCCUGCAUAUAUUUUGAUGCUAAUGUUGCAGAUGAACAGAAAGGCAUAUUUGACACAAUAAUGGAAGCUGUGACUAACCAAAAAGGCGGAGUAUACUUUUUAUAUGGUUAUGGUGGUACAGGAAAAACAUUUAUGUGGAGGACACUAGCUUCUGCCUUACGUUCUCAGCGCCAUAUUGUUUUAACUGUCGCGUCAAGUGGUAUAGCUUCUCUACUCUUACCUGGCGGUAGAACUGCACACUCUAAAUUUUCAAUCCCAGUUCCCACUCUAGAGAACUCUACAUGCAAUAUACAUCAAGGGAGUGAACUUGCAGAGCUCUUAAAACAGACUAAGUUGAUAAUAUGGGAUGAAGCAACAAUGGCUAAUAAAUUUUGUUUUGAAGCACUAGACAGAAGCCUAAAUGACAUCAUCAACAAUGAUGGUGAUUCAAUUUUACCAUUCGGAGGAAGAGUGGUUGUCUUUGGAGGAGACUUUAGACAAACUUUACCAGUUAUUCCUGGCGGAAGCCGUUCAGACAUUGUUAAUGCUACAAUCAAUUCUUCAUAUCUAUGGGAUGACUGUCUGGUACUGUCUCUUACUAAAAAUAUGCGACUUCAAAAUAGUUUGGAUAUGACAAGUGCUACCGAGCUCAAAGAAUUUUCAAAAUGGAUACUGGAUGUGGGGGAUGGAAAAAUAUCAGAGCCAAACGAUGGUUAUGCAGAAAUAAAAAUUCCAGAUGAAUUCUUGAUUAAAGAAUUUGAUGAUCCAAUUGAUGCAAUAAUUCGUAGUACGUAUCCUAACUUACUGGAGCAAUACAAAAAUGAGGAAUUUCUCAAGUCUAGAGCUGUCUUGGCAUCAACUAUUGAAAUUGUCGAUAAAAUAAACGACUAUGUUCUUUCAAUGCUCCCAAGUGAAGAAAGAGAAUAUUUAAGUUGCGAUUGUGUAGACAAGUCAGAUGUAGUUGAAGCAGAAGCAUUUGAAGCGUUGACACCAGAAUUUCUCAAUUCCUUAAGAACAUCAGGUCUCCCAAAUCACAACAUACGACUUAAGGUUGGGACUCCAAUAAUGUUGCUAAGAAAUAUAGACCAGUCAGAAGGACUAUGUAAUGGAACUAGAUUGAUUGUCACAAGACUGGGAAAUCAUGUCAUCGGAGCACGAAUCAUGUCUGAAGGCAAUAUUGGAGAUGAGAUUUACAUACCUCGAAUGUGUAUGUCUCCUUCUCAAUCACCAUGGCCUUUUAAACUUAUCAGAAGACAAUUUCCUAUAAUGGUCUCAUAUGCGAUGACAAUCAAUAAAUCUCAAGGACAAUCACUGGAAAGAGUUGGAUUAUACCUGCCAAGACCUGUUUUUAGCCAUGGACAAUUGUAUGUGGCAUUAUCAAGAGUUCAAAGCAAACAUGGAUUGAAGAUUUUAAUACAUGAUAAGGAUGGAAAGUCAUCAGACACUACUACCAAUGUUGUAUUCAAAGAGAUUUUCCAAAAUCUCUAAUACUUAGGUUUAAAAUUUAACUUGGUAUUCAUUUUAUUAACUUACACUUUAUGAUAUUCAAAUAUUGUACUCGCUUCUAAGAAGAAUACCAAUUUUUUGAAAUUAGUUUCCUUUUCUAAUUAAUUACAUCAUGAUUACAAAUAUAUCCAUAAAUUAUGUCCCGUGCGUAUGCACGGGUACUGUACUAGUUAUAUAGUAAAACUAAGUUAUCAAUAACUUAUUAUAAUGAG